AUGCCUCCAUAUCGACGUUUUCGACUUAAUCUUCAUCGUCACACACAAACUAUGCUUAAAAAUAAAUCUAAUCAAAAAUUUACAAAAUCAUGGUUAAUAUGGGUUAAACUUAGUUUAUCUGCUUCUGUUCCGUUGAUGAUUGCAAUAUUUACUAUUGUUUCUUAUGUUCAACAAAUGCAAAUUGAUGAACAUAAUCGUCAACAAGAUGAAGAAUUAGCGAUUGCUACACGUGAAAAAGAUAUAUCAAUAGCGAAUUUAACACGUAUACAAGAUCAUAUGAUUGCAAAUAUAACACGUUAUCAUGAUCUUGAAAUUGCUAAUUUAACACAAAUUAAAGAUUGGGAAAUAGCAAUGGCUAAUUUAAAUAUUGCUAAUGAAACUAAAAUGCAAGAUCGUCAAAUUGCAGAAGAUAAUCGAAAAGAAGAUCGUAUACAACAGCAGGAUUUACAUUAUGAAACACUCUAUUCUAAAUAUAUUGAUGAUAUUUCUACAAUUCUUUAUAAAGAACCACAUAAUCAAACAACAUUUACUAAUGAAGAAAAAAAAAUGCUUUAUAUACGUCGAAAGACUCUUAUAACUCUAAGAACAAUUGAUAGUGAACGACGAAGUCAAUUAUUUGUAUUUCUUUAUGAAAAUAAUUUAUUACCUGAUCAAUCAUCUCCAUUAACAACAAUAUCAUUAAUGGGAGCUGAUUUAAGAAAUAUAACAAUUAAAAGUCCAUUAACUGGUUCAUAUGAAUUUAAUUCCUUAACUUUACAAUCUCUUAAUUUAAUGAAUGCCGUAUUUAGUGAUUGUAGAUUUCGUGGUGGAACAAAUUUCAGUGGUUCAAUUCUUACCAAUGUACAAUUUAUUGGUGCAGUUUUCGAAGAUAAUUUAGAUGCAUAUAAAGUUAAACUUAUAAAUGCAUCGUUUACAGAUUGUAUUUUUAAAAAGAAGAUUAUUAUUGAAGAUUCAGAUUUAAGAUAUGCAAAAUUUAUUCGAUCAAAUUUUGAACAAUUAUCAUUUGUAUCGAUUAAUUUUACUAAUGGAUCAUUUAUCAAUUGUAAAUUCUCUGGCGAAACAAAUUUUAAAAAAUCAUUUAUGAAUGGAGUUACGUUUACAAAUUCUGAAUUUGAAACUAAUAAACAACAUGAAUUUGAUCAUGUAUCGUUAGAUUAUUCAUAUUUUAAUAAUAUGUCAUUAGCAAAUACUACGUUUCAAUAUUCAAAUCUAUCAUAUACAGAUUUAAGUAAUACACAUUUAGGUAAUGUACAAUUUACUUCAAAAAUUUUACUUAUUAAUUCAAUUUUUUACAAUACAAAUUUUACUGAAGUAAAUUUUACUCAUGUAAAUCUUUCCGGGGCAAGAAUUAAUAUGAGUUAUUUUCAAGAUUCACAACUUUAUAAUGUUAUUCUACCCAAUGGUACUUGGUUGAUUAAUCAUGAUAAUCUAUUGAAAAAUGGAAAUGCCGAAAAAUAUUGUUGGUGGCCUUUUAAGGAAAACAUUCUAACGCAAUGGAAAGAAGAAAUUGAUGCACCAAUUUUAUAUCAUCAUAAUAUAACUCAAUUAGAUUCGACAAAUUCAUCUAUAGGGAAUUGUUCAUUUGCAUGUACGGAUAGACAUUUAUGUUCAAUGAGACAAUUAAUAGAACUUAAACAAUUUAUAUUAUUUAUUGAUAGUAAUGAAUUGGAAUAUACUGUAUCGGCAUAUUUUGGAAGCAAUAAUGAAUGUGAACAAGGUCUAAUUAGUAUAUGGAUUGUAUCAUAUGAAGGAAGAUUUAAGAGACAAUUAAGAAAUCCUUAUAUUAAAUCAUCGACUAAUUUUAUAAAAUGGCAACAAAAAACUGACACAUAUAAAUUAUCAAAAAUGAAUGGAGAUCUUUAUUACAUACGUAUAACAUUUAAUAAAUAUUCAACUUCAUGUUAUGUUGAUAAUAUUGAAUUUCAUCUGCGAAAGAGUUCAAUAUACAAUCUUAAUUAG